UACCUGUUGACAUUUUUCACGUAAUGCUUCAACUGUUGAUACAACUUCGACGCGCGUAACUGAAACUUUGCAUGCCGAGUAGCAUCGUUUUAUAGUUUGUUGAAGUCUGCAUUUAAUAUGGCUCAAAAUACUGAAAAUGAAAAUAUCGUUAUGGGUCAGAAAAUACCGGAGAAAAGAACUGAUUAUAUAAAAUACCCAGAUGAGUUUGAGGUACUAGAACUUCAGCUUGGCCAAGCUAUCAAAAGAAUGUGGGUUAUACAAACUCGACUUGAUAGGCGUGUUUUUACUUCCAAAAAGUUUAUGUAUGAAGCUGAAUUGAACAAACUGACACAAGAAGUGGACAGAUGCACACAAAGAUUAAAACUGCUCAAGCUAAAAGAUGAAGAAAAGACUCGAAAGAUAAUGAAAGUGCUUAUCGUAUUGCUGUUGAUUUCAUUGUUUAGAUUUGUUCUUGUAUACUUUUGAUCCCUGAGCUUAUUUUGAUGGGCC